AUGCAGUACCGUAUGCUUAUGGUGGCCACUCUGGCCAUGGGUGCCUAUGCCGCUCCCGCUCCUCCUCAAGUUACCCGAGCUCCCUCUCUGUCGGCCCGUCAAGAAACUGGCGGUGCCGGUGGCAGCAGCGUUCUCGAUGCUCCCAUGACCAUUGCUGCUGGCGAGUCUUUUGAUGGUGGUAACGCUAUCUUCGACCGCGGUGUUUCUUGCACUGGCCAGGAGGAAGGUGGUGACUCUGACGCUGUCUUCAUCCUUGAGAAGGGCGCUACUCUUUCCAACGUCCGCAUUGGUCCUAACCAGAUCGAGGGUGUCCACUGCAACGGUGGUUGCACCUUGAACAACGUUGUCUGGGACGCCGUCUGUGAAGAUGCUUUCUCUAUCAAGAAGCAGGAGGACGGUGAGACCACCACCAUCAACGGCGGAGGUGCCACCGGUGCCGAAGACAAGGUCAUUCAGCACAACGGAGGUGGUACCGUUAUCAUCAAGGACUUCGAGGUUUCCGACUUUGGCAAGCUCUACCGCAGCUGCGGUAACUGCAAGUCGAUGCCUGCUCGCCACGUCGAGAUCUCUGGAGGUUCCGCCAGCAACGGAAAGAUGCUUGUGGGCAUCAACCCCAACAUGGGCGACACUGCCAAGAUCUCGGGCAUCCAGAUCACCAAUGUGCCCAAGGAGUGCAUCACCUUCAAGGGUGUCACUGACGGCAGUGAGCCUGAGGAGGUUGGUACUUGUGAUUCCGGUGCCGAGGCUGGCACUGGAUCUGGAUCUGGAUCUGGUGAAUCUUCUGCUGCUCCUGCCACUCCUACCACUCCCGCUGCUGGAUCUGACGCUCCUGCUGAGACUGAGGUUGUUGAGCAACCUACUGAGACUGAAGUUGCCGAGCAGCCUACUGAGACUGAGGUUACCGAGCAGCCUACUGAGACUGAGGUUACCGAGCAGCCUACUGAGACUCCCGCUGAAGGUUCUGAUGAUGACCAGUCCGGUGAUGACCAGUCCAGCGAUGACGAUAACCAGGAGGAGGAGUCCAACGAAGAUAAGAAGGACGAGGAGCAGGAGCAGGAGUCUGCUGAACAAACUCAGGGCGGAUUCCCCAGCGCGCCCCCUCAGUUCGGAACUACUGGCCAGUUUCGCGGCUUCCAAGGAUAG